AUGUGUCGCCCUCUCUAUGUCGCCAGUCUUGCCUGGCUUGCAUUAACAGCCACAUCUACAGCCUUUCCUUUAACUCACACUUCAACAAUCGAUACCCUAACGCUCACCAACUCCUUGAGCGAUUAUUAUGAAAAUAUUGUUAACCAAGUAAUGGAAACGAUGACAAGAGACAUUGUCGUGUCUGCACCACACACCUUUAUGGAUAUCCAUUCACAUACUCUAGGAGACCAUAGCUGCCGGACAUCUCUACGGGCAUUUAUUCGUUCACUUCACACCCAACUCGAUGGACUACAGACGCAUUUACUAGACUCAGUCCGUCCUCUAGUGGAAUCCAACCUCCCCAGUCAUGCAAGACCUAGUCUCGAUACAGCUAAACUCAACGAUGCAAUCAUUAUCCUCAACCGCCAUAUAAGCUUCCAACUAGAUAUUAUUCUCAAUCCACCAAACACUGCUCGUCGAGUAAUUCAACAGUCGAUAACAAAGAUUGAUGAUCAAAUGUGGGAUGAUACGCUUGUCCAGAGACCGAUACAAAUGACCAGCUCCUUAUUGGAAGAUUCCACUCUCCGAGAAGCAUCUGAAUUGACUACUUGGUUAGCAGGCUCCCUUUCUGAGAUGGGCGGUAUUCUCAGAGUAGAGUUUGAUGGACGAGUACAGGACGCAAUGCAGUCAAUGAUGGAAGACUUCUUGGAAGACGAAUAA